UUGCCGUAGGAAACGAGGCAAAGAAACCGGGGCGGACAUGGCGUAAGCAUAUUGCCGGGUUGCCAUUUGAGGCUGGUUAUUAUUGUAACAAAAUGCUUAAGAAAAAGUCACAUUUUGUAUGUCGAUAAGGGAGGAUGUGGCUAAAUAAUGGGAAACGUCUUUGGGAGAAAGAGCCAAUCCUCUCGUGUAACGGAGCAAGAUAAAGCCAUUUUGCAACUAAAGCAGCAGAGAGAUAAACUGAAGCAGUAUCAAAAGAGAAUCAGUGUACAGCUGGAGAAGGAAAGACUUCUGGCGAAGCAGCUGCUAAAAGAUGGCAAGAAAGAAAAAGCACUGUUGCUUCUUAAGAAAAAACGCUAUCAGGAUCAGCUACUAGAGAAGACCGAGAGUCAGAUUUCAAAUUUAGAGCGUAUGGUUCAAGAUAUUGAGUUCAUGCAAAUUGAGAUGAAAGUUAUCGAGGGGCUUAAUGCUGGCAAUGAAUGCCUGAAAAGCAUGCACGAGAUCAUGUCAAUAGAAGAUGUGGAAAAAAUCCUGGAUGAGACCCAAGAAUCAAUUGAGUAUCAAAGGCAAAUAGAUGAAAUGUUGGCUGGAGCCUUGACCCAGGAAGAUGAAGAUGCUGUUUUAGCAGAAUUAGAAGCUAUCACUCAGGAAGAAGAUGUAGCACUUCCAGAGGUUCCCACUGACCAUGUACCAGAGAUACCAGAAGCUGCUAAAGUUGAACCAGAGAGGAAAGGCGUUAUGAAGAAACAGAACAGAGAGAUGCUGGCAGCGUAACAGAAUUUCUGGUUGAUAUCCAGUGCUGAUCUGCAAAUGAAGCCCUUUUAGUUUUGUGAUGAUGAUGAUCUGUAUCCAACAGAGACUUUUCACACAGUUUACAAGAAAAACAUUGUUAAGCCACAACUUAAUGUGAAAUAUUGCAUUUCUGUCUGUUUAAUUUUGAAUAGUGUUUCAUAGUUUCUGUGCUGGUUAAGACAUAGAGGGAAGACAAUAUGAUUUUUAGAUGUUUUAAAAUAAUAACAAAAAAUCAAGACAAAAAAGUUUUGCAUAUUAAACUAAGCUGUGGAAAAAAGAGCAA